AUGGUCCAGCCUCUAUCUGGACAGGACUUGAAGUUUCCAGAUCCUCUGUCUCCCACUCCAGGCACUGAAUGGCAAUCAGUCCUCGAUGUUACCAAACAUGGUGAGAAUAUACAUAGGAAGCAGACUGAGGCUGUCAUUGAGAAAAUGAAGGCCUAUACUGCUGUUCUCAGGAAAUAUUCUGAGUGCUACUUGGAGGCAGUAUAG